AUGAGCAUAAUUGAAUUUCCAGUCUCUUUCUCCCCAACAAAUAGUAGAGCAAAAUUUUGUGAAAAUCAAAAAAAGGAUUUUCAGAUAAUAUGCUUUUUACUAGACACUCAUCUGACGUUACUGGUAUCUCCAAUAGCUUAUUUUCCGGCACUUCUUGGAGUUUCUCAUGGGUUCUAUUCGAAAAUUUUAUCGAUUAGGACACAUUAUCAAAUUAAUAUAAUAUUCACCUUGAUAGUUCUUCAAAUCACCUCUCUCCUGUGCAGUUUUAUCAAAAAACAUCAAAGUGUGGCAGCGAUAGAUCAAAAACGAAUAAUGGGAACUUUCCGAAAGUAUCUUAUCAAAGUUCUACUUCAUAUCCCACCACUUCUUAUCAGUGUAUCAUUUGGAUUCUCAAAUUUGGAUAAAGCCGAAGAAAUUGAAAUAGCCAAUGCUGAAUAUCCAAAACUAGUUCAUUUGCUAUCCCUACCUAAUGCAGAAUUGUACUCAACAUCGUCUGUUUCCAUUAAAAUUACAUUAGUGAUAAUGAUAGGGACUUUUGUCCUAUUUUGUUCGUUAUUCCUUUUUUAUUACAUUCAAAUUCUACAAAUGCUGCAUGGUCAUCGGCAAUUUAUGGCAGCGAGAACUUAUUCAAAACAUGUUUCAGCAGUUUUGAGUUUGGUGGCACAGCUAACAGUCCUUGUCAUCUGGUUGGCCAUCCCUCUAGCUGUUCUGCUUGGCGAUGUCAUUCUACACAUUGAAGGAUUCGAAGCAUUCUGUAAUCUUCUAAUUUGUCUAUUCUCUACACACUCUAUCAUGAGUACCAUUGUUAUGGUUUUCACAUUUCCAGCUUUUCGACGAGUGGUUUCUUGUAGAGAGAAACCUAUGUUCUCUCCCGCCACUACCAUGGUCCAGCCAAGGAAAGGGUUUCAGAAUUGA